AUGGACGAGGUCCACAAGGACAUAUCUCGAAAAGACGACGUUGUUGCGGACCUCUCAGCCGUCAAAGAUGAAGUCCAAGAUGUAAAGAGCCAGCUCUUCGUUUUCCAAGAUGUUGUACGAACGAAUGAUGAGGCCAUCGCCGCUCUUACAAGCAGGGCUGAUGAUGCAUUGGCUCACUCUCUUCCGUCCUCCUCUGCUGAUGACCCUUGUGAUGAUGACCUUCCCAUCACCUCUGCACCUGUUUCUAGUGAUGUGGAAGAUGAAGAUGAAGAUGAAGAUGAUGAGGAAGGUGACUCUCCUGACCUCCCUGACUUUGGCAGCGACCUGGAUGAUGAUGAUGAUGAUGAUGAUGACGACGAAGACGACUUCAUCAUCCAAUACCAGCGUCUCGCCACUGCCACAAAAGGAGUUGCCCUCAAAGAUUCUGCAUCCCAGGGGGAGCAAAGGGAAGAAGAUCCUGCACUUGAAGCGAACCAAGGCCCUAAGUCGAAAGGCAAAGGCGUCGCUCAAGAAACGAACUUAAAGGUACUAUUCAAAUCUCCUCAACCCUUAUAUGAAGACUCCUCAUCUUAA